CUUAAUCAUCUCGAUCGGACAAAAAGAGGAAGCAGCCAACGAGAGCGAGACAUCAACUGAAACAUCAGCCAGAGAAAUGAAGACGGGCGUGAUCGUCUUGUCCGUCGUGGUAGCGGUUUUUGGGGUAGCAAGCGCUGUGCUGGGGUUCAUCGCCGAGGGCACCAAGCUCACGCCGAAUGACAUCAAGAUAUCCAGGAACGAGUGCGUCUACCCUGACAACCCGGCAUACGCACUGGGGCUAGUGGCGGCCCUCCUGCUGCUGGUGGCCCAGAUCACCGCCUCCGCCGUCGGCGGCUGCUGCGGCUGCUGCAAGCCUCGGGGCGCCGGCUUCUCCGGGUCCAAGAGCUCCAGGUCCAAGAAGAUCAUUGGCGUUGGCGCCCUCCUCUGCCUCGUCUCAUGGAUAGCGGCGUUGAUCGCGGAGUGGUUCUUCUUGCAAGGUGCGUUCGGGAAUGCCCCCAUGACGCGCAGAACUACACAGGGCCGGGGAUGUACCUACCUCAAGGACGGCGUCUUCAGGAUGGGGGCCAUUCUGAGCAUCGUCGCCACCGUGCUCGGGAUCAUAUCUUACAUCGUGCUUUACGUGGCGGCGGCGGCGGCGGGUGCUGGUACUACCGCUACCCUGGGGACCGUGGCGGGACCGUCGGCAGCGGGCGAGACCAAGCACGACGGCAUCGCGAUCGGCCAGCCUGCUGCCGCUCCACAACACUCAGAAGCUGUGUAGGGCGUACUCUUGCUUCUACCGUCUCCGUCCCGAUGUACUCUUGCUUUAGUGUUGCUUCCGUCGUAACUGCUAUGUCUUCCGAUUGAUUCGUGUCAUUUCUGUUCCAGAGAGUUUUUGUUGUGCAAGUUUGGCGUGUUUGAGCUUUCAGAUUGUGCACUGUGCGGUACCAACACUAUCAUAUUAAUUUACUCGUGUUCGCUAUUCUUCAGUCA